GGGCAGAAUUACCAGUAACCAGAUAACAGAAGUAUAGACUACGCAUCGGAGUGCACUACAAGCAACGGAGAUCAUCACAGCAACCAGCAAAGGACAGCAUCGACGGAUUCUGACAUAUAGUGACGACUCUGUUAUGGAUCCUGAUGACGCAAGGGAGGUAAUUGCCGAGGUAAUUGCCGGCGAGGCAUUGGAGGAGGUCCUGGAGGGAGACCUGUUGAGAGCAAGGAUGGGGCCACCCCCACCCCCAGGGUCCGCCCGCAAGAGAACUUGGCUCCGAAUCUCGAUCACGCCUGGAGCUCAUAAUCUUCCCAGACCUUCAAGAGUAUAGGACUAAUUUUCCUGUGGAAACUAUAUUGGAAUUUUCCUUGGUGAAUCUCCUCUCUUCCUUUGAUUUGAUGUCAUGGCUGGGGCAAAGAACAAGCCAACCGGCCCCAGCAACUUUCUUUUGUGGUUACUCCAUCGCAUGUACACGGUAAGGAUCACCAUACUAUGGGUCAUGACCGUGCUUCUGGUGUGUGUGUUCCUGAUCUGGGGCUACGUGGAUCAGUUCUGUGAGCAUUGUGUGGAGCUGGAUAACCAGAAGCAAAUGGCAGGAGGAGAUGGGAGGAUCCAGCAACGGGAUCAGUGGCCGACAGCCAGCAGCAACUCAUGUAUGACAGUGAAUUUUGCCGAGGAGGGCAGUCAAUCGCUUGUAGCAUUGGCCAGUUAUCCAGGCUCGGGCAACACCUGGCUGAGGCAUCUAUUGGAACACUCUACCGGCAUUUAUACAGGCAGUGUCUACAUUGACAGGAGACUCAAAGAGGGCGGUUUCCGCGGAGAGAGUGUCAACUUUAUGAAGAAGAGUGUCCUUGGUGUGAAGAUGCACCGAUGCAGUAAGAAUGAGCUGGGAAAGUUUGAGGCACUUAUCCUUCUUGUCAGGAACCCGUAUCAUGCGAUGAUUUCAGAAUGGCAUAGAUACCACUCCACUGGACAUGUGAACAAAGUUGAUGAAGAUACAUUCCACACGAAAGAAUGGGAGGACUUUGUCGAAGAGGAAAGCAGCCACUGGGAAAGAAUGAUGCGCAACUGCUUAAAGGACUCUCUUAAAACCAAGGUCGUGUUCUACGAAAACCUUCAAACAAACUUGGAAUUUGAGCUUGCAAAUCUUCAUCUAUUUCUCAGGGUACCUAUCGAUAUUGAAAGAUUAAAGUGCGUGAAGGGCAACUCCGAGGGGAAGUUUCACAGGGGGGCGGAUCAAGAGUUUGACCCCUAUACAGAAGAAAUGGUUGCUAAAAUCAACAAGAGGAUCCUAAGUGCUGCUGUUGCACUCAAGGAGAGGGCAAAUGUUAAAUUUCCGGUGGAUUAUAGGAAAUUACCAGGCUCAUAGCACAGGUUUCUUGGUGUGUAAAGGUGGAUGCAUGUUGAACUGUGGACUGCAAUUUGUAGGUGCUACCUAAUAUUAUCUGCUUGAAGCUUUGGAUAUGACAUGUUUUCUGCUACCAAGUCCAAGAUAUUUUGUCCCUUAAUUUAUAAAAAGAUAUGGGAGCAUGCGGCCUCAACCAGGCGGAUGUCGAAAACCGGGAGGCUUGGAGAAAAGCCAUAAAGGAAAUGGAACGUCAUCCAUCCCACAACUUGAUGACUAUGAUGUCACUGACUUCAUCACAGUUUUCAGUGUACCUGAUGAUUCUGUGAAGUUGACAUAACCUCUAUGGCUUGAAUGAGAACGAAUAAAAAAGAAAAUGUUAUAUGUGAUGAUGUUGAAUAUUGAUAAUUUUUUUCCUUAUUCUUGGAAACGUAUGGGACAGCAAAUGACCAAAUACCUUUCGCCUUCCCCUCCAUAAAUCUUAGUUGCAUAAAUUCAGAGGAUAAAACACGAUGGAUCAUAAUCUGUGUAGUAUUUGUUUAAUGUUAAUCUUUGUUCAGGAGGUCAAAGUUCAACAUUAGUCUCGUUCAUUUUGAUAUCCUUUCAUACGGUUACAGACAACUAAUAUCAGCUAGUGUAGAAUGUAUAUUAAAAGGUUCAUAUUAACAAGAAGUUAAUGCACUGUAUAUAAGCACUCCAUACAAGCAAGCAAGACGUUGUUUCUUUUGUUGUUAUCAAAGGCCUCUCGCAAAUUGGCAACUUGCAAAUUGGCAACUCAGAUGCUCAGUACUUGUGUGAAUAGUUACAGGGCCUUGCAUGUUUUUUUGUUAUUGAAUAUAUGGUUACAGUAGAGUGUAUUGAUUAAGUCAGUGGGGCCAAACGUAGAAGGAUGCCAAACAAGAAAUGGCCAACUCAUUAUUUUAAUGAACACUCUAAAUAUCAGAAUUAUGGUCAUUUAUGAUAUCAAAACGGGGUUUUUAAUUCUGACAGCAUUUAAAGAAUGCCAUUAACGCCCAUAUUUUCCUAUGUUCUUCCUCAACUUCUUUCCCAAAUUCAGUUUAUUCAUUAUGAAUAGAACAUAAUAUCUUCUUGUUACAAGCAUUCCAAGAAAAUUAAUUGACCUCUCAAAGUACAGUAUUAUUUUACACCAAUUGUUAGAUAGAUCCCAUUGUGAUUUUCUGUAAAGAUUGCAGACAUAUUCUUGUUUUCAUGAGAGUGGAAUACGUAGUUAGUCGAGGGGGGGGGGCGGAAGGAAUAACUUUAUCAGAAGUUUCUAGAGCAAUUUCCCUUAAGCGCUUCCCAUUAAACAAUACAUAAAUUUGUGUCCAGAUGUACAACUUGUUGGUAGAAUUAUAUGUUAAUAAGCUUAUUGUAUAUGUGCAGCAGUUUCGUAGUACUACACAUACUUAUUGUGUAUGUUUGUGUGUGAUGUCUUUUGUUCAAUUGAGUGCAUGCGUGUAUGAAUAAUGAAUUUUGUUAUUUAUUUCAUUUUCAUGUUCAGUGUUCCUAUCAUUUGACAUUCUAUACAAAGUCAGCAAACCAAAUAACUAGAAUAAACCAUAUGACUAUUUUCAAAGGCACUCAUUGCAAUGAGUGGAGAGAAAAAUAAUCACUACGCAUCUCUUUAUGUACCUUCAUGUAAAUGUUUAAAACAUUUUUAUGCCUCCGCCCACCAAAGGUAAGAGACAUUAUGUUUACGGAUUGUCCGUAUGUGCGUAUGUGUGUCCGCCUGCUUUCUGGUUAAUGCAAUAUCUCAAGAACCACUUGAGAUAUGAACUUCAAAACUUGACGAUAGUACUGGUAUGUAUCAUCAUGGGAAGAGUAACUAGAUUAAAGGUCAAAGGUCACAGAUCAAUUUUUGAAAUUCUAGAUAUAGCCUUGUUACCGCAACGUCUCAAGAACCACUAGAGAUACAAGGCUCAAACUUGGUGAUAGUAUGUAUCAUCAACAUAGGAAGAUAAUCCAUUUGGGUUCAAAGUUCAAAGGUUACAGAGGUCAAUUUAAGAAAUGACAUGCUUUAGUCUUGCUAUUGCGAUAUCUCAAGAACCAUUGUGAUAUGUCACUAAUAAUUCCAACCAUUUUGUAUACUGGAUUUAGGGCGAAGACAUAUAGGAGACGCAGUUGCAUUUGUCUCUUGUUUUAUUAUGCAAUCAUUAUUUUGUCCUUUAUGUAAUCAACAUUAUUGUUAUCAUUCAGAUUUGCGUUUGUGGUAGUGGUGUCUAGUUGUUUUAUCUGUAUUUGUAUAUGUACAAAUUGAAAUGCCUUGCAAUAUUGUGAAUUCCUUUUUUUUUUCUGUCUGUCUCAAACAAAGUCAAGUAGCCCUUGGGCUUAGCUUAACAAAGCAUGAAGUACAAGGGCUUAUUUUGCAAUUAUUAUUCUUUCACAGAUUAGUUCUUAUUUCAUGUAUCAGUAAAUUUGUACACUUUACUUUUCGUAUAGAAA